ACUCCCACUAGAUUUCGCACCAUGAUGACCCAGCGACCGACUUGAACGUGGACAAACAUAGACGAACAGAGGCUUCAUCGUAAUGAUAGCUGACUAUAGUCCAACGGCUCAUCAGCGUACACACUCAAUGUUACUAAGUUUACAGCUCAACGCACAAUGGCACCUUCCCAAACUAUUUAUUUUCCUGGCCAAUUGACGAACUUCUUCCCAACCCUUGCCGGGAGUAGGCGUAUGCUUUGUUGGCUCUUCGUUCUCUGCGCUCAUCAUGCCAGUCGGCUGGCACUAACGUGAUGUACCAGAACAUCUAUGAGCUACACUAAUCCUUCGACAAGCAGUUUAUCGCUCUGCGUGCAGCUGCAGUGUGUGGAAGUGGAUGUAGAAAAAGAUCGAUCGAGAGCGCAUAGUCAAGCGGAACUAAUCUGAAUUUGGCGGUGAAGGAUAGGAGUGUUUGGUAAACAGCCACUAACAGUCUACAAAGCGAAACGCAGGUUAUUCAAUAACACAUCACCUAUACACCGACUACCGUCGCACCUUAACCUGCUUUGGUGUUUCAGGUUACUCCUCUGAUUAACGUAUUUCAGGAGUGUGCCCUUUGAGUCCUUAAAUAGUUUCUUCGUUUGAAACUUGUGCUCCGUAUCUUCCCCUCAACAUGGCAUUUAAGCCAAGUACACUCACUUUCCUUGCGUCGUUGACAGGAUGGUGGAUAUACCACUUGUUCGAACCCACAGAUCUGCUCUCGACUUCCCUUCUCCUACUCGGUGUUCCGACCGUGCUAACCACCCUCCUCCAAGUGCAAUUUACGUCGCUUGUCACCGCUGUCCUGGCCAUCUUUGUCUCAUACUAUUUCAUCUUGCUCGCCCUAGUAACUGGCUACAGGUUGUCUCCUUUCCACCCUCUAGCUCAGUAUCCCGGUCCACUGCCAGGAAAAAUGUCAAAGUUAUGGGAUGCUUGGAUGACCGCGAAGGGCAAUCAUCAUCAGUACGUGAGAGCGCUCCAUGACAAAUAUGGAGAUAUUGUCCGCAUCGGACCGAACGAACUCUCGAUCCGUCACGGGGAUGCAAUCGCACCCAUCCUGACCAAAGACCUUCGCAAGGGCCCCUACUACGACUCUCGCCAAGCCGACGGCAAGCCUGCUCUCGACGGGAUACGCGACUUCGUCGAACACGCCGCUCGACGUAAGCCAUGGACGAAAGCGAUGAGUAUCUCGGCUAUGAAGGGGUACAGUGAGUAUCUAACAAAGACGGUCGAUGAAUUGGUUCAGGCGUUAGAGGUUAGGCAGGAGGUGGAUAUAUCGGAUUGGAUGACGUUCGCUGCCUUUGAUUUCAUGGGCGAGAUGAUCUUCAGCACAGAAUUCGGUAUGAUAAAAGCAGGAAAGGAUACGACCGGGAUCUGGCAUGCCCUCGAAGAAGGCACUUUUGCUGCAGGGAUACUUUCCCACAUUCCUUGGAUCCUCAACUUCCUAAAAUAUUCCCCUCAGGGUGGUUCCGCCUUCGUCGUCCUGCAAACCAUAGGUGCUCGAAUCGCCAAACAGCGUAUAGAAGCCGGCUCCAACAAACGUGAUCUCUUCCACUACCUUGUCAGCGAAGAUGAAUCCACAGGGAUGAAACUGAACAUCGAGGCAGCCAUUUCCGACGGAAUGAUGUCUAUUAUCGCUGGCUCUGAUACAUCCGCUACCAAUCUUACACACCUAUUCUAUUUCUUACUCAAGAACCCGAAAAUGAAGAAACGGUUGCAGGAGGAGAUUGACCGUGUUUUCCCGCAAGGGGAGGAAACUGCGGAUUAUACGAAGCAAAGCGAGAUGCCAUAUCUGAAUGCUUGUAUUAAUGAAGCUCUGAGGCUCUAUCCUGCUGUUCUACUUGGAUUGCAGCGUCGUGUCGAGAAGGGUACUGGUGGAAGGAUGAUUGGACCCUUUUUCGUCCCGGAAGGGACCCAAGUCUCCGCCCAUCUCUUUUCCCUGCAUAGGGACCCACGCUACUUUUAUCCUAUUCCUGACACGUUCUGGCCCGACCGUUGGCUCACUCAAUCUUCUUACACCCUUCCAUCCGGGGAUACGAUCCCGUCCACCCAAUUAACUCACAACAAGGCAGUAUUCAACCCAUUCUCCGCUGGCCGACAGAGUUGUGCAGGGAAAUUGAUUGCAUGGAUGGAGAUGCGGGCCAUUAUGUGUGGAGUUUUGCAGAAGUUUGAUAUAGACCCUAUCAACGGAUCUGAGUUCGAGAGUUAUGAGAACGGGCUGGUUGAGGUUUAUAUUACGCAUCGGGGUGCAUUGCCACUCAGGUUGAAGGCUCGGUACUAAACUUUUGGCUCUUCGAUCUGAUUACUUUUUCGUUCUGCGUUUCGAUGCUACGUUUCUUUAGGUUCUCGACUUGCUACUACGAAAUACGCUAUUAGUUAGCUCCUGUGACACCGCAGCAGAAAAGCUUAAAGACUAAGUAAGAUGAGUGUGAAAUUGGUUACGGACAUGUAUUUUCUCUUCGACUACGUACAAAUGAACUAAUAUUUGAG